AUGAAGCCCUCAGUGUCAGCGCGCUCGUUACAGAGUUCAGAUAAGCAGGAUGGCAGUUCCGAAAAAACUUCAUUGAUGCGAUCACGGAAUCGUCAUCGAUUACGUUUAUCAUCAGCAGCUCUACAUCAUAGUAAUCAUUAUAUUGCGGAGCCAUCUCCUGUAACUCCAUGUACUGUUUUCUCAUUUGACUUACCCAAUUCGCCGGCUGUCCUAAGUGGUCGUCCAAGGUUUUCGAGAUCGCCACAUCUACCUAAUACAGCUGGUGUGCCAUUAUCACCACGUAGCAUAUUCUCAUUUGACUUAGAGACUCCAUUCCAUUUCGGUUCGACACGAACAUUAAGGACACCAACUACUCCCAGAUCACCGAUCACCCCAUGUCCGAAAACUGCACCUGGUUUUCCUGGGUUACCAACUAUCGUCGAACGUCAAUCCUUCAGCUUUGCUGGCUCUAUUAAAGAUGAUAAUGGAAGUGUUGACAAUGGCCAAGUUAACAUCAUCGACACAGAGCCGGGAGAAAGAACUGACUGGUCGUCUAUAAGACUAAUUAUGUUUGUUAUAUUAUUCACACGAAUACAAUUUACUGUAUAUUUUGCUUCACUUUAUCCAUUUUUACGAGUGGUUGAUCCAGAGUCAACAUCAAAUGACUAUGCUCUCAUAACGGCUGCAUAUAGUAUAGGAAUAGCUGGCUCUGCUCCCAUUUUUGGAUAUGUCUCUAACAAGUUCGGAUGUAUACGUAAGCCGUCCAUGUUUUCCAUGAUGCUCAUGUUUCUAACCAACACCAUGUACAUAUUCUUAUAUAAUGUUAACCCAUACGGCAAGGUAGCCAUGGGUGUUGCUCGGUUCUUAGCAGGAAUAGCAGCAGGUGGUAAUGCUUUGCUUCCGACCUAUUGGACAUAUGCUGCUGCUCCAGAAGAUAGGAGUAUGGCAGCAGCUCUUUUCGACGGAGCUUUCUGUUUAGGAAUAGCCAUAGGGCCAGGUUUUCAACUUCUAUUCUCUCUCAUAUCUCAGGACUAUCUCCUGUUCGGGUUCAUUCAUAUUAAUAUGUAUACCUUACCGGCUAUCGUAGCCAAUGUACUAGUAGCAUCAGCCUAUUUCUUGAUGGCUUUCAAAUUUCAAGAAGUCCCUAUGGCUAAAGAUGAUGGGAAAAGACAUUCUGUGGACAGUACUGGAUCAGCUUCUUUACUGCCCCCGUAUGAUAAGCUUGCCGUCAUACUGUGCAUUUUCGGCAAAAUGGUUCAGAUGUUCAUAUAUGCCAGUAUGGAAACAAUUGGAUCGAUGUACACAGAAAGCAUGUUCGAUCUGACAACAACACAAACCACUCAGUAUAAUUCGAUGCUUGUUUCUCUUUCUGGAUUAGUCGGCUUUCUCUUCCUGAUAUCAUAUGUGUGGACUAAAAUAGGAAAAAGAAUUGACAAUCGCCACGGAGUUCUGAUUGGAGUUUCGGUCUGUGUGGCGUUUGUCGCUUGUACAUACCCCUGGUUCUUUUUCAAAGAAGGCCUCUCAGAAUCAAGUUGUAAAUAUCGUUGGUGUGGAAAAACACAUCAAGUGCCUCAAAUACUUUACACCGUCGCUUAUGUUCUUGUUUUCGGAAUAGGAUUCGCCUUAAUGAACGUCCAUUUGGCAGCGACGUACUCAUCGGUGUUGGGUCCUCGACGUCAAGGCACAAUGCACGGUAUCAAUACUCUUCUGGCUAGUUGUAGUAGAGUGUUAGGCCCCAUAGCUGUAACUGACAUGUUCGUGUUGUUCGGACCAAACGUUGUAUGGAUAUUCCAAUUAGCCACUUGGGGCUUGUUAAUAAUUCCUUUGAUAAUAUUUUAUAAUAGAUUAGUUCCUUGUAAGCUAGCAGAUCCCGGCUUAACCGAGGAUACCAUUGAAGAAGCUCUAGAAGAGCAUAAACCAUCUUGA